AUGUCUGCAACAAAGCGAAUCGACAAAUGGGAGAUAGAUCGCUACUGGGAAAUCUUCUCUUCCCUUGUGCCACCUCCUGUCGCUCCCCACUCUCGCCUGACCAACCAGGCCGCAGCCAGUGUUCUGCGGAAUUCACAACUUCGCGAUGAUCAGCUAGAAAGAGUGUGGGAUCUGGCGGAUGUCGACGGAGACGGCGAGCUUGACUUUGAAGAAUUCUGUGUGGCUAUGCGCUUGAUCUUCGAUCUGGUCAACGGCGAAUAUCAAGAUGUCCCUAAGUCCCUUCCAGACUGGCUAAUUCCUGAGAGCAAAGCGCAUCUUGUCGCCGCCAAUCGAGCAUUAUCAGGCCACCAGCAGGCUCAAUUCGAAAGGAUAGAGGAUGACGAGGAUGAUGCCGGGCUUAAAGACGGGUUUGAUUGGUACAUGAACCCGGAUGACAAGCACAAGUACGAGGAGAUCUAUUCAGCCAACAGAAACCGGAGAGGAGAAAUUGGCUUUGAAAACCUGCACUCUCUAUACUCAAGCUUGGAUGUGCCGGACACCGAUGUGCGAAGUGCGUGGAACCUGGUCAAUACCAGUGGAAGAGACACAAUAUCGAAAGAGGCGUGCAUAGCGUUUCUUCACAUCCUCAACUACCGCCAUGAAGGCUACCGAAUACCUCGGACUGUUCCGCCCAGCUUGAGAUCAACAUUCGAGGGAAAUAAGAUUGAUUAUCAGAUCGACAGCAUGAGAAACCGGCCAAACAAAUAUGAUGAAGACACCACAUUGGGCCGGAAAGCCAAAUUUGGGGACGCAUAUCUGAGUCGUAUCGGCGGCAAGGGAGGCUCUUCUUAUCAACCCAAGGGAACUGAUUUCUCCGAUGUGGUGGAAGAUGAAGACCUUGAAAAGGUCAGACUCCUCCGGGAAUUGCGGGAGCUCGAAUCACAGCAUGAUGCAGCUACAGCAGCAGCAGAAAGACGACGAAAUCAGAGGCAGGAAAAUGGGUCACGACAGGGCGGGAAGACUAAUUGGACAUUGGUCAAGCGUGAAGCACAGCAGAUGUUGGAGUACAAGCAGCGACAAUACGUGGAUUUGAAUUCUGAAAAUGCCAACAAAUCCGGCAACGAUAUCAAGAGGUUGAGGGAUGAUCUGGCUUUGGUCGCCGAGCAGAUAGACGGGCUUGAGUCUCAUCUAAGGAAACGAGAAGCUGAACUGGACAAUGUCCGUCGAGAGAUCGAGGUUGAGAAGACAGGCAGAUAG